AUGGGAAGUUCAUUAGACAAGUUACAAAACUGGUAUGAUAAGACUUUCAUGCACACAAGGGAACCACCAAUCAAGCUAUUAGACCCCAUCUUCCACAACCACAAAAUCAAAACCUAUGGCCUUGCGCUGAGAAAUGCAGAGCUGCCCUUGGAGGAGAGAGCUAUAGCUGCACUAUAUAUUGGACUGCUAGCUUACACAGGUGGUAUCACUGCUGCUGAGCUCGCCUCACAAUAUAUUCAGGACAUGAUUGAUAUUCUGAUCAUGCCAGACACAUCUGGGAAAGUAAGGAUCGCUAUGUUAAAAGGUUUAUGUGGUGUAUGUUACAUCAACUAUGCAAACCAAAACAAAGCCAAAGAAAGCCACCUAACUGAAAUUCUCAUUUCCUACCUGGAUGAAGAUGAAGACUCCCCAGAAGCUGAUCCAGAUUUAAUCAUUGUGAAGUUCUGGGUUUGUUAUCUUAUGACUAUUGUCUGCUGUAACAACAUCCCCUAUAUUAAGUUAUUUCAUGAGGUGGGUGGCCAAAUGCUACAGAAAAGGUUGGAAUCCCUAUCUAAUAUGGAAUGGUUUGGCUGGCCACAAAACUAUGCCACAUUAAUGUCUGUGCUUAUAGGAUAUCAAAGAAUGCAACCAAACAAGUAG